GUUCCAUACUUCUUCUGCAGGUAUGGGUAAUCAAAGCUGAAGAAGUCCAUUGUGUUCAAGUCCAUGAUGUGAAAGAGCCGGUGUACGAGCUGACCGCCAACGCGCAUACCGCAUGCUUCAUUUCUCAAGGAACCGGGGUCAAGGUAUAUAAUUGGUCAGGGACUCCAAAGCAUAUAAAUUUCAACAACAACAGAACGGCACGGUGCCUCGCCAUGGCCGGGGGUAAGCUCUACUGUGGCUGUUCUGGAUACAGCAUCCAGGAGGUGGACUUGGCAAAGUCGACAUCGGGUACGUUCUACUCAGGGACUAGGAAGUUGCUUGGGAAGCAAACUAUUCAUUCCCUGCUUAUUCACGAUAGCCUUCUCUUCGCCGGCGGUUCAUCCGUGGAUGGAACAGCGGGAAAGGUAUUCUCUCUGCCCAGUAAGGCCAUAAGCGGGUCGCUCUCGACGGGGUUCGACAUCCAACGGAUGGCAGUGAGCAACGACUUCAUUUGCUGUCAUUCCACGUGA